GUGUGUGUGUGUGUAACUUUAAAAAAACACUAAUGUAAUAGAUCGUGUUGCGGAAGUGACGUCAUAUGGACGCCAUGAUGACGCGGGGCUGUUUGUUGACAUGUCUAUGUUGGUAGUUGAGGGACAGGAGCAGUAGUAAGAGAAGGAGUUCUCCGGAUCUGCGACCGAACGCGCCGCCGGAGGAGAAUGCGAUGGCUGACUUCGAGACCUACCAGGAGUACCAGAGACUGGAUGACUAUGAGGAGGACUCGCCCCCGGGGGAGGAGGACCUGCUCAUCUAUGUUCCUGAGGAACAUAAAGAUUCCUGGCACCACAUCAAGAACCUGGACAACUUCUUCACUCGAAUUUACCACUUCCAUCAGAAGAACGGCUUCGCCUGCAUGAUGCUCUCCGAGUUCUUCGAGCUCGUGCAGUUCCUGUUUGUGGUCACCUUCACCACGUUCCUGUUCAACUGCGUCGACUACGACGUCCUGUUCGCCAACCGAGCCGUGAACCACACCGGGCCGGGGCUCAACCCACCUGACAGGACCAAGGUCACUCUUCCGGACGCCAUCCUGACGCCCGAGCAGUGCACCGAGAGGAUCCGGAACAAUGGCGGGAUCAUCUUUCUUCUGAUAAUGGCGGCCAUCUUUUGGAUCUACCGUCUCGGGAAGGUGAUCUGCAACGUGCUGAGUUACUGGGAGAUCCGGCAGUUUUAUAGAAAAGCGCUAAAGAUCAGCAUGGACGAGCUGUGCAACUUCAGCUGGCAGGAAGUGCAGUCACGGCUCAUCCGUCUGCAGGGCGAGCAGCAGAUGUGCAUCCACAAGAAAGAGCUGACCGAGCUGGACAUCUACCACCGCAUCCUGCGCUUCAAGAACUACACGGUGGCUAUGAUCAACAAGUCCCUGCUGCCUGUGCACCUGCACCUGCCCCUCCUGGGCGACGUGGUCUUCUUGACUCAGGGCCUGAAGUACAACUUCGAGCUGAUCCUGUUCUGGGGGCCAGGCUCCCCCUUUCAGAACAAAUGGAGCCUGCAUCCGAAGUAUAAGCGAGCCAGCGAGCGCCAGGAGCUAGCCCGGCAGCUGAGCCGCACCAUCCUGCUGGCGGGCGUGGCCAACCUGCUUUUGUGCCCACUUGUGCUAGUGUGGCAGGCGCUGUACGCGUUCUUUAACUAUGCUGAGGCCAUCAAGCGCGAACCGGGAAGCCUCGGGACGCGCCGCUGGUCCCUGUAUGGGCGCCUCUACCUGCGCCACUUUAACGAGCUCGACCACGAGCUGCGUGAUCGCCUCAGCCGCGCCUACCGACCCGCAGCCAAAUACAUGAACGCCUUCAACUCGGCCGUGCUCGCCGUGCUGGCCCGUAGCGGUGCUUUCUUUGCUGGUUCGCUCCUGGCCGUCCUUGUCGCCCUGACAGUGUACGACGAGGAUGUCCUCGCCGUACAGCACGUCCUCACUGCAGGGACUGCCCUGGGCAUCAUCGUCACCAUCGCCAGGUCUUUUAUACCAGACGAGCAUAUGGUGUGGUGCCCCGAGCAGCUCCUGCAGUACGUGUUGGCACACAUCCACUACAUGCCCGAUCACUGGAAGGGCAACGCAAACAAGAGCGAGACGCGGGAUGAGGUGGCGCAGCUUUUCCAGUACAAAGCGGUCUUUAUCCUGGAGGAGCUGCUCAGUCCGAUCAUCACGCCUUUCGUGCUUAUCUUCGUCCUCCGCGGCAAGUCUCUUGAGAUCAUCGACUUCCUGCGCAACUUCACCGUGGAGGUGGUGGGCGUCGGAGACAUAUGCUCCUUUGCGCAGAUGGACGUCCGCCGCCAUGGCAACCCGCAGUGGAUGUCCGAGGGCCAGACGGAGGCGUCCGUGUAUCAGCAGGCGGAAAACGGAAAAACGGAGCUGUCGCUCGUUCACUUCACCCUGAAAAACCCGUGCUGGCAACCACCCCAGGAAAGCUCGCUGUUCAUCAGCCACAUGCGUGAGAAGGUGCAGCAGGACGCCCAGGCUGGGCCGAACCCUCAGCUCCUGCUCUCCGAGGCUCCGCUCUGCACCUCGCUGCUCUCCAACGACUCCGCCACUGCCCCCGAUACCCUUUUGGCGAGCGUCCUGGCUCAUCCCGUCCUCACGGCGUCCGGGCUGCCGGGCUGGAACCGGUGUCUCCUUGCUCCGAGCAGUACGGCUUCGGCCGCCGCCAGCGUCCUCGCCUCCCUGUCCUGCUCCCAGCAGCCUCACACCUCCCGCUCGCACCCUCACGUCCUCCAACCGGGUCUUCAUCCACAUACCGAAGGUCCCAUGUACCACAGCAGUGCCCCUGACAGCCUGAGCGCCAGCGGGUUGAGGGCGUACAGCCAGUCCGCCUCGGCUCUCCUGUCCGAGUUCGCCACGGCCGAGAUGAGCCUCCACGCCAUCUACAUGCAUGAGGUGCAUCAGCAGAAGUUCCCACGUCAGCAUGGAUUGGGGCAGUUACACCCUCAUGUGCCCUUAAGGGAUUUUCCUGCCGGUGCUGCGUCCACGCCUCAGAUGCACCCGGCCGGCCUGCCCCUGCUGUCUCCCGCCCGUCUGGGAGGCUGGGCGGAGGAAGAAGAGGAGGACGAGGAGAUCAACAGCAGCUCGGCUCCACGCCGCCCGAGUGUAUCGAACAGCUGACGUGCCUUCAAGAUCCAUGGUCGUCGCAUCCGCUUUUUUCAGGAAGAACGUCGUGGCCUUAGUUUCCUCCGUAGCCUCCCGAUCGGAUCGUGGAGCCUUCGCCUCGCCUCACCGCUCUUCCAGGCUUCGAGGAGGGAACACCGGCGUUCCGGCAACACUAGAAGUCAAUCGAGAACCUUCUUCUCUGUCGCUUGGAUGUUUCAUUAGGAAUUUUUUUUGUUGUUGUUUUUUUAAGAAACGUUUUCACACCCAGUGUGUGUGCAUUUUCAGAUCAAGGAUGUAAUGUGUGUUCUCAGCUCGGUAACUGGUUUCUGUUAACUUGAAUAGUUAAUAGAUUCAAUUAAAAUGUUUGCUUUUUUUUUUA